UGGCGCUCUAGGAAAUUUUAUAAAUCUAUGCGAAGCUUUCUACGUAUGUAAUACGUUUAUGGUUUUAAUCUCCUUGGUGAUUGCACUUGCACUUUGGAUCGCCUUGGAUAUUUGAAUGAUAAGCGAAAGAUUUUCUUCCUGUAAAAUUUGAAAAGUGGAGAAUUAUUUAAAAAAAAGAAAAAGAAAAAGUGAAACGGUACAAAGUGAUAAUUAGAUUGACCGUGUGAAGAAAUAGUUGAAAGAAGUCUGGUGCAAAGUGUAUUCUUAAAGAUUUGGACGCGUAAAAUAUGCAGCAACAGAAAUUUUUUAGUUCUUGUAUCAAAAUAAACGGAAUAUCUCUUCUUUCACCUUUAAUGACCGAUAGCAUCAAAGAAGAAAUGAAACAUUAUAGAGCUUUAGCAAUAAAAGUAGAAGAAAAAUUAAAAAGUAGACACCUAGUUAAACGCAAUAUCAAAGAUAAAUGCGUACAAGCCGAUGUAAUAGAAACGGAUAAAUUAAAAAGUAUCAAAUAUGAUUCCGACAGUGACUUAUCCAAUCGUGAUACAACGAGCGAUACCAAUAAUAGUGACUCGUAUUCUAAAACAACAAUCAUUGAGCCAAUGAUGCAAGUUACCGGAGAAACAAGAGACAAACAUAAUAUUCAGUCUGCUACAUCAGAUGCGCAACAUUCACAAGUUUGUUUAACAGAUAAUAUUAAUGCGAAACCUGCAACUAUAGAGACUGAUCAAAAUGAAUACAUUACUGCAACAGAUACCCCAGCAUUGAAUGAAGAUGUAUCUUCAGAAAGUUGGAAACCCAAAAUACCCAAUACAUUAAAUAUAGUUCCGAUAACAUUAAGUAACGAAGAGAACAAUAUUAGUUCUCUUGCAGUAGCUUCCAAGGAAAAUAAAAGUCCGCCUAAAUUAUCGCGUCAAGGUUCUUAUGUAUUGGACACACCUAGUCCUAUGUUGCUCGCUCAGAUGCAUACAGAGAAAGAAUUGAUCGAUAAGAAUUAUGUUCCCACAUCUACACCUACACAUAAUGCGUCGCAACGAAAACAAUGGAACAUUGUGCAGCCUAAGAUGAAGUGGGAAAAUAAGCAACUUGUAGCAGAGGAUACCAAAGCAUCAAACAAGUUAGAAUGCACAAGUGAAUCAACUACAGAGCACACAGAGUUUAAUACUUUAGCAGAAUCAUAUCAAGUAGACCAAUUUGCUAAUAGUACUAAAACAGAAGUUACAGAAGAACAUAUAUGUAAAUUUACAUCACCUAAACAUAAUGAUAUAUUUGAUACAAGUCUUAAAAAACAAAAUUCCUUAGAAAAAUUAGAAAAAGAUAGCAGCCUCUGUGUAUCAAACUUAUCAAGUGAAAAAUCUGUAGAAGAUGCAAAUAGUCUUAAAUCUCAAUCCUCUUGCAUAGAUGAAAACAAGCACGAUAAAAUGGAAGAUACCAAAGAACAUCAAAAUUUAAUUAUCAAAACAAAAUCAUCUAUUACACCUGAAAAACUUUUGACAGUCUACAAGGAGAUUGAAGAAAUGCAUAAGAAACAAAUGAUGGAGCUGAUAUACCGCCAACAAAAGGAACAAUCCUUGCUACAAGCAGAAUUCCAAAAACAACAGAUGCUCUUAUUAGCUGAAAUACAAAAGUGUUCUUCCAAUAUAUCGUAUCAAGUAAAUGCAUCACCAAAUGUUAUAUCAAAUCAAUUAUCAGUAAACAAGGAGAGACUAGGAGAUAUCACUAGCAAAACAGAACAGCAAUUAAAUGUAAACCCUGCCAGCAAUUCACGUGUAGAAGAGCGUUAUAAUAGUAAAUCAUUACCAAUGAAGCAUGCAAAUGUCAUUGUAUGCCCGCUAGAUUAUAUUUCCUCGAAAAAUUUAUACUUGUUUAAACACUAUAAACCUCCUACUUUCAUUACGGAUACUUCUCCUGCAACUCCCGAUUUCGACUUUACAAAGGAAGUCAAUUUAUGCGAUACUACAUGUAAUAAUAAUAAUAAUGAUGAUGAUGAUGAUGAUGAUGAUGAUGAUGAUGAUGACAGCAAUUGCGAAUUGUAUAAUCGUACCGUAUAUAAGAAUUCAAAUGUGAAUCGGCAGUUGUUUCCAUUAAAUAGUAAUACCACACAUGUCCCAAUAAUAGAUACUUCGGUAUAUCUUGAUAAACAUAUACAGGCAGUGAAUAUCAUCAACGCUUAUACACGAGGUUACCUAGUGCGUAGAUUAAUGCGAACCGAACGCGUUAUUACUUUAAAAAAGAUAUACAAAGAAGCAUUGCAAUGUAUGCUUAAGUUGCACGUUGAUGCACCUUUAAAUUUAGCGGAAGUAGAUUUUCUUCAUCGCCUUCAACUGCAGUGCGAUGCGGCAUCUAUGAAUAUAGUGGACUUAUUUGCCCAGUCACCGACGAAAAAAAUGAAAGUAAUAGCGCAAGAUCGCGAAAUCAAGCAAUCUCGAAUGGAACGUCCGACCUCGUCUCGAUCGUCGUAUUCAUUCGCCACCCAAAAGACUUUAGCCAGAAAAAAUCUGAAGGAAUUUGAAUCCACAAUGACAAAGUACCAGCGGCCGUUGGUCGUAAGAAAAAAUGCCGUUAGAUCAAGGUGUCAGACUUGGACGUCGGAUAUAAGAGACAAACUUAUGUCACCAAACACGUUGCAUCAAGGUAUUAGAAGAAGUACCAGCGCCGGAACUGUUCGGAAGCCGUGGCGAUGAGAAAGAGUGCCUUACGACAUUGAUUAAGCGACACACCAAUCUUGAUAUUAACAAACGGAGUUACUUGCGCGGCUCUCGCGAG